UUUAAUUGAGACAAUAAGAGUUUACUUAUCAUUCGGCAUUUACUUCACAUUUUCAGGUUAAAAUCAUUCAAUAUUCUACAAUAUCAAAAUGAAUUUACUUCCAAAAAGUCGCGAAGAGUUUAGCCAAAAGGAAUAUUGGGACAGUUUCUUCAAGAAAAGAGGAAACCAAGCAUUUGAAUGGUAUGGAGAGUAUCCUGAGCUGUGUGAGCAUCUUCAUAAAUAUAUCAAAGUGAAAGAUGAUGUACUCAUAGUAGGUUGUGGUAAUUCCACACUAGGAAAUGAUCUUUAUGAUAUUGGAUAUAAUAAAAUAAUCAAUAUUGAUAUAUCUCAAGUAGCAAUACGACAAAUGAUCAACCUGAAUUCCAAAAAACGACCCGAUAUGCAAUUUAUUCACAUGGACGCACUAGAUAUGAAAUUUGAAAAUGAACAGUUUUCCGCAAUAAUAGAUAAGGGCACAUUGGAUGCGCUGAUGCCUGACGGUGAGAAGGAAACCGUAGAGAGAAUUCAGAAAUAUUUCGACGAAAUUAUGCGAGUUUUAAAAGUGAGCGGGAGAUAUGUUUGCGUAUCAUUAUUGCAAGAGCACAUUCUAAAGAUGAUCGUGGACUAUUUUCCUGCUAAAAACUGUAUGUUGAGAAUUAUUAGAUGCUUCGAGGCAGAAAAAAGUGCAGCCGAAGCCGGCGAAAAUCCUAUGCCCGUCUUCCUCAUAGUUUGUACUAAGUUUAAGGUGCUACCAAUGAAAAUCUUAGAACUUAAUUUAGCUGGAUCUGAGAAGAUGGUACGCAUUCCAACUGAAGAUGAGUUAAUGAAGAACGUGCAAAGUGUCCAGCAGGCGGCUUACAUAUGCACUGGAUUAAAACGGACAACUAUUGAUGAUGAUGUCCAUUUUGACUUGUACAAGUCCGGCGAAAACAGUCCUAGAUAUACAGUGUACGUAGUCGAUGGUCCAAGUGAUAAGAAGAAAACACAAUACGCUGGUUUCAUAGUACCGCAAGGAAGAGAGAGCGAAUGGAUGUUUUCAUCGACGGAAGGAAGAAAAUAUUUAGUUGAUCAGUCCAAUUGCAAUAGGUUGGCUAUAAUAACUAUGCACAGAGGACAGACCUACGAAAACCUUGAUGUAGUUAAAUCAGAAUUAGGAGACUGCGUGAGGAGUAUGGCUCCUUCCACUUUCGGAAGCAAAACAAUUAUGUUUUUGUCCUUAGGUCCAACCGUCGGCGAAAGAACUGUUGUUUACGAAGGAGAAUCGGAGUUUUCAGGAAAGUACGUCAUAGAAGAUGUUGAAGCCGACAAUAAAAGAGCACGUCGACUUUACUACUUGAAUUCCCAGAAUGUCAUUCAAUCGGAAGCGAAUAUUAAGCAAAUAAAAUCUAGGAAAGGCACUGUGAAGGAUGUAAUCGAUGUGAACUAUUUGACUUGUGAACAUCAUAUUUACAUGAGUAGAGCUGUGCAUAUGAUCACGAAGAAAGAUAAACCGGCGGAUGUUGCGAUCAUUGGACUGGGUGGGGGUGGUUUAUGCGGAUUCUUGCGUAAAUUCUUGCCGCGAAUUAACAUUACGGCAGUAGAUAUAGACCCGGAAAUGCUCGAAGUUGCAACGAAGUAUUUUGGUCUAAACGUGGACGAUCAAAUGAAAAUAGAUAUAACGGAUGGAUUACAGUUUUUAUCAACUAACGCAACUAAAGGAAUCAAAUACGACGCUGUUCUCUUCGACGUUGACAACAAGGACACUGGAAUGGGAAUGAGUUGUCCACCAAAAGACUUUUUAUCUGAACAAACAUUGGCGAAUGUAGUAAAUAAUUUAAAACCGAAAGGUUUGUUUAUUCUAAACGUGGUUUUGAGAAACACCAGUCUUAGACCCAAUCUGCUGGAAGGAUUGAGUUCGAAGUUUGAAACGAUCGCCUUUUAUAAAUUGGAGACGGACUUGAAUGAAAUCUUUAUUUGUUCGAGGGAAAAAGUUUCCAAGAAUUCGUUCGAAACCAGAUUUAGUGCUGCUACCAAAAAACUGAAUGAAUAUUUCUCUGGUUGCGGUCAUAAAUCUUUAGUAGACGAUGACGAUCCUAAAAUCCUCAAUUUUUAUGAUGCAUCCCAAGAAUGAAUUUAUAUUUUUAUUUAUUUAUGUGUUUAUUGUUAAACAUUGAUGCAACAUCUUUCCUGAUAAAAUAUACUACCGUAUUUUUAGAAAAAUACCAAGGUCGAAGGAUAUCAAUGCAGAUUGUACUAUUUAUAUUUAUGUCAACCCAAUAAAUUGCUAAUCGAAUUAGGAAUGUUCAAUAUUUUGAACAUAAAUAUUAAGCAUACAAAUAUUGUCAAUAUUGUGAAAAAUAACAAAGAGAAGUAAAAAAUGUUAUAGAAAACAAUAACUCAUGGAAAUGUAACGGCAUGUUACAUCACCUAAAAAUGCAUUGUAUUUUCUAAAUUCAUGUUAUUAUUUUAAACUAAAUUACAUCAUAAAGAGAGAUGAAAAUACGCUUUCAUCAUGAUACACAAUUAAUUAGCUGAAUGGUAAAUUAGUCCAACAAAAUAAGUGUAAAUUCAAACGCAUAAGAUAAGAAAGUGAAAUAUGAAUGAAUUGAUAAUAAUCAUAAUUUAUAAUGCUAUAAGUGUUUCCACCCCGAAUGAAAUAACAUAAUAGUUAUAUUGUAAAUGAUCUACUUUCAAUAUUCUCAGUCUUUUCAUGAAGUUCAAUGAAAGACCUCUUCGCGGUCUAAAAUAAGUAACCUAAACUUAGGUUAAAUGGCCUCCAAACAGUGUUAGUCCAAGGUUAUGUUUUUAUGCUGUUCUGUUUUAGUACUAUCUAUGUUGUCCUGUCCUGUUGUAUCAUGUUCUACACUGUAAUUUUCUAAUUUGUCAGGUUACCCGAUAUUUCUAGCUACGUCUCUGAGAUAAUUUUAUCUUCAUGAUCUAUGUAUGAACUAAAUUAUCUCAUAAUUUGAUAUUUACAUAGAUAUUUUUUAUUAUAAAUAACCGGCUUUUACUUAUUCAGAAUCAUUAUAAUAAUUCCUGGUAUAGAAAUUGCAGCGUCACCUAAAAUUAUUAUUAUUUUUAAUGAGCAAAAAUAAUACAAAACAUAAAACUUUGCAGAAUUAACGUAAUGAUUUGUUCGCGUGUUUCAAGUAUCUUUCAAUUACAAAUAAAAUUCAUCUACUGCCAGAUAUUUACAUGCGACAAUGGAAGCGUUCACCGAAGCGCGCAACUUCUUGUUAUUAUUUAUGCUUUAUUUAUUGUUUUGUAUAUAUUUUAUAGUUAUACGUACUUAUGUCAAUAUCUAAAUUAUUUACAUUUUUUAAACAUAUCAAGAUAUAAAUGUAUGAUGUAUGUUAAUCGUAUUUGUUUAAGAGACUGCAGCCGAUAGUGAUGGUUGGAUCUACAUAAAAUUAUGUAUUUUACCAUUCAAUUGUGAAACUUGCUUGAUCCAUUCCCUGUAUACGAAAAUAGUUUUUAUUAGAUAAUUUUAGUAUUGCAGGGAAAUUUCUCUUAUAGAGUUUUGAAAAUGAUGUAGCGGGCUUUCUCGACACUCGUUAAGCGAGUAAUUUUUUGUAUCUAAAUAUAGUUAACUUUCUUAAUUUAAUUCAUAUUUACAUUUUAUGAACUUAUGGCACUAAAAUUGAUACUAUAAUGUAUAUGAACUAUGUUAUAUUCAGUCAAUAUUUACUCUUUAUGGGUAUAUUUUUAUUUACAAUUAUUUUGUUUUUGUCUUAAA